ACUUUCCAGACGCGACCGAAGGCGCCUGGCCGCCUUGACCGGCUGCCUAUUGGUUCGCAGUACUGUCGCUCAGGUGCAGUUCCUACUUCCGCUUCUCUCUUCCCUUUCCUGUUAGGCGAGAGCUGCGCUACACGAGGGUGUCGGACUCCGUUUCUCGUUUUCAUCAUAUAGACAACAGCCCUGCUGCAAAGAUGGUCAAUGUACCUAAAACCCGAAGAACCUUCUGUAAGAAGUGUGGCAAACAUCAGCCUCACAAAGUGACACAGUAUAAGAAGGGCAAGGAUUCUUUGUAUGCCCAGGGAAAGAGGCGCUAUGAUCGGAAGCAGAGUGGCUAUGGUGGGCAGACAAAGCCAAUUUUCCGGAAGAAGGCUAAGACCACAAAGAAGAUUGUGCUAAGGCUGGAAUGUGUUGAGCCUAACUGCAGAUCUAAGAGGAUGCUGGCCAUUAAGAGAUGCAAGCAUUUUGAACUGGGAGGAGAUAAGAAGAGAAAGGGCCAAGUGAUCCAGUUCUAAACUUUGGGAUAUUUUUCUUCUGAUUUUGAAGAGAAAAUGUUGAAGCCAUAGAAAAAUUACCUGAGGGGAAAUAAAUAGUGAUAUUCUUACGCAAA